CAAAAUAAAAAGGAACAAGUGGUUAGGCGGGCACUGGUUGAGUGCCUCACUGCAGCUGACUGCUUCUAAACGUUUCAUCGCUUUUUCUUUCACCGCUCAAUGGAAAUCGAUAAGUGUUCAGCCAAUGAUGCUGCCCAGGCUGAUGCCCCUAAUAUUCUAUUGAAUCUAGAGCUUCCGACAAAUGACCUCUGGUUCAAGAAAAAGAAGAAACUACUGGAGGACAUAGGUUUUAAUCCAUCAGGUCCUGUUUGCCUGCAAAGUUUUGCUACUGCUGAUCAGUUAAAAUCUGCUUUAACAGUAAUACUUCAACGAGCUAGAAUCAUAAACUUAGAUGAGCUAGAGCUUUAUUUUGGUGGAGAUAAUCCUAAUAAUCUGGUUGGCUUCAAUAGUUCAAGGAAUGAACUAGAGGCACUGCGUUCAGUGCUCGCAGCCAUUGAUGAGGCAAGCCCUAACAGUGAACACGCUACUGCAGUUGCAUUGCUAGAUCUACGCCAGGCAAUUGUUGAUCUGUUAUGCGAAUUCUCAUUUAAAAUCAGGGAGGACACUAAAAUUUGUGCAGAAAAAAGAAUUGAAAAGGAGAACUCUUUAUUACAGUGGGGGGAAAGCAAUGGUGUGAAGUCAAAGUUGAGGAUUGCUUGUUUGAGUUUUGGGGUUGAAUCUAUCAUGGCGUUAGAUGGAACCUUGCUAUUAGAGGAGAUAGUGCAAGCAAAAGAGCAUUUGCGCUUACAGUAUGACGAGUUGUUUCCUGCAUUGUUCAAUGAUCAUCCCGAUUUAUUUCCUCCCGAGUUUUACACUUGGGAGAAGUUUUUAUGGGCCUGUGAACUUUGGUACUCUAAUAGCAUGAAGAUUAUGUUUAGUGAUGGAAUGCUAAGGACGUGCUUGAUUCCUAUCGCUGGAUUUCUCAAUCAUUCGACAUCUCCGCACAUUCUACACUAUGGAAGGGUAGAUUCCACCACGAAUACCAUAAACUUUCCUUUAUCAAGACCAUGCAGCACGGGAGAGCAGUGUUUUUUAAGCUAUGGAAAUUUGUCAAGUUCUCAUCUACUUACUUUCUAUGGUUUCUUACCACAGCUAGUAAAUCCGUAUGAUGUUAUUCCUCUUGAUAUUGACACUGCCAUGGAUGAGGGCGACGGGGAUGGGGAGCUGGCACCUGAGUGGACAUCGCAUAUGGUAAGGGGUACAUGGUUUUCAAAAAACCAUGAAAUCUUCCACUAUGGAUUGCCAUUUCCAUUACUAGAUCAUAUGCGCAAAGCCCGGAAUCCUUUGUUCACAGAAACCACCCUGAUGCCAGAAAACUUGAAAAUUGAACUCGAAAUGCUUAGAGAUCUUUUGCAGACCUUUGAAGUAAUGAUGGAAUCACUUGGGGAUGUGGACGCGGAUGACAUGUCUAACGCGACGUGGGAUGUAAAGCUUGCCUGUGAAUUUAAGAACCUUCAACGGAGAAUUGUCUCCUCCAUUGUAACAUCAUGUAAAACUGGAUGUGAGUUGCUUGAAUGUGAACUACAGAAGCAUUUAUGCUGCUCCAUUGUUGUGGACAUAUGAACUUGAGAGGCCAACAACAGCAUUCUGUCAGACUAGGUAGGGGGAUCAUAGAUAUUAUUUUCAGAAGUCGAUUCGAGUAAUGGAAUUUUAUAGCACUCUUUUUGUAACGUAAAGACAUGUCCUCUUUAUUGAAAUUUUAUAGUUGGAUGUUGUAAUAACUGUCCGGAAAGAGUUGAAAGAAAUUGAAAGAGGUUGGAAUAAACUGGAAAGAAUUCG